AUGAACAGUAUCUUCUCCAUUGACGAUUUCUCCGAUCCCUUUUGGGAAGCACCUCCGCCUCUUAAUCCGGACUCAGCCAAGGCUGUUACCGCGGAGGAGGUUAGCCAGAGUCAGCCGGAAUGGACUUUCGAGAUGUUUCUGGAAGAGAUUUCCUCGUCGGUGAGCUCGGAGCCAGUGGGAAACAACAACAACAACAACAACGCCAUCGUCGGAGUUUCCUCGGCGCAAUCCCUUCCUUCUGUUUCGGGACAGAACGAUUUCGAGGACGACAGUCGAUUCCGCCGCGAUCGCGAUUGGGAUUCCGCCGCUCCGAUUCCGCCGUCGACGGUGAUUGCUGAUUCCGAUGAUUACCGUCGCGUUCUCAAAAACAAGCUUGAGACUGAGUGUGCUUCUGCUGUAGCUCUAAGGGCUGAGUCUGUGAAGCCUGAAGAUUCGACUAGCUCUCCCGAAACUCAGUUUCAACCAGCUCAAUCCAGUCCUCUCGCUCAAGGUUCUUUGAUGACCAGUGGAGAACGUGGUGUCUCUUCUCCAUUACCAGCUGAGCUGAAAAAAACUGGCGUAGUACCAAUGAAGCAGGUCAUGAGUGGAUCAUCGAGAGAAUAUUCUGAUGACGAUGACCUUGAUGAAGAGAAUGAAACCACUGGUUCCUUGAAACCAGAAGACGUCAAAAAAUCCAGAAGGAUGCUGUCAAACCGAGAGUCAGCAAGGCGAUCUAGAAGGAGAAAGCAGGAGCAAACAUGUGAUCUCGAAACACAGGUCAAUGAGCUAAAAGGUGAACAUUCAACACUUCUGAAGCAACUGAGCAGCAUGAAUCACAAGUAUGAUGACGCUGCUGUUGGCAAUAGAAUACUAAAAGCUGACAUUGAGACAUUAAGAGCUAAGGUGAAAAUGGCGGAAGAAACUGUUAAGAGAGUGACAGGAAUGAAUCCACUGCUUCUCGGGAGAUCAAACGGACAUAACAACAACAACAACAUCAGAGUGCCAUUAACUGGUAACCACAGGAUGGAUUCUUCUUGCAUCAUUCCAGCUUUUCAACCACAAUCAAACCUAAACCAUUUGCCAAAUCCCAACAUUGGCAUGCCAAGACUCGAUAACAGUUUCGCUCCUCCUCCUCCUCCAUCCGUAAACUCCCAAACAAACUCUCACUUGCAGAGGAUAAGAAAUGCGCAAAAUCACCAUGUUGCUCCAAGCACUAGUCCAUAUGGCUGGAAUCCUGAACCUCAGAACGAUACAUCAUGGCCAAAGAAAUGCAUAGACUGA